AUGACCAGCAGCAGCAACAGUAUGAUGAACAAGCCUGAUGAACCCAUGUUUCCUGGAGGUCCUUAUGAUCUUUCUGUCCUUACAGAUUAUGAGCAUCAUAUUGCAAUUAAUGUGUGGAAUGGACAGGAAAGACGUGCCUUGAAAGUUGUUUCCAAUGGCAAAAAGCAAGACAAAUUCAUUGAUAUUAGAUAUCAUUUACCUGCUCAAAUAGAUCAUUGGAUUAAUAUAUCUGGAUUACGUCCUCUGAGAAGAUGUAGUUUGCAUAUGAUUGAUGGUAACAUGAUAUCUGCUUUUGCUGAGAGAUGGCACGCAGAGACUAGUUCAUUUCACCUGCCAUUCGGUGAAAUGACUAUUACUCUUGACGACGUCAGGGGUCUUUUGAGCAUCCCGUGUACUGGAGAGUUUUUCACACCUCCCGCAAAUGUCAAUGAAGAUUUGGCAAUUGUUGCUGCUGUUGAGUUGUUGGGGGUUACAUAUGAUGAAGCUGUCACUGAGAAUAGGACCAAUAGAGGGGCCUCAUAUAGUUUUGAGUGGUUGAAAGAGGUAUUUUUUAAGAAACUUCAUGAACGAAGAUAUGACUGUGCAGCUAGGGCAUAUCUACUUCAUUUGGUAGGAUGUACCAUUCUUGCGGAUAAAAGUUUUACACUUGUAUCUGCAAAAUAUCUCUUUCUGUUUCAAGAUCUGGAUAGUUGUGGUAAAUGGGCAUGGGGACCGGCUGCACUUGUUGUGCUAUAUGACUAUCUUAGAGACAGUACAUUGCCUGCAACCAAACAGAUUGGAGGGUAUUUGUCUUUAUUUCAGACUUGGAUUUAUGAACAUUUCCCUGAUAUUUGUAAACGGGAUAUGGAUGAGCAUAUUUCCUCGAUGCCACAUAUGUUUCGUUGGACGGAAAAACAAACAUCUGGGAAUGUGGCAUAUUAUAGGGCAAAGUUGGAUGCUUUGAGGGAUACAGAUAUUAUCUGGGCACUAGAUUACGAUCAAAACACUGUGACACGAUUUCAGUAUGUGUCAUUAUUUACAGGAUACAUUCGUUGGUGUUUCACGAUGGUUCCGUAUUUACCUGAGAGGUGCAUACGACAGUUUGGGUAUACUCAACACAUUCCUCCUACACCACCGAUGCUUGUUGCACGUGAUGUCGACGUUGAAUGGAGUAUGUACCGGAAUUCUGUACGAUCACUUCGAGCUAGAUUGCAUCCAGCUGCAUAUCCACAUGAGUGUAUUGAGGGAUACAUCCAGUGGUAUUAUAGGAUAUCUCAUCAUCGGAUGAUCCCUUAUGUUGCUGCAUAUGCUGGUCCUAGUUAUGAUGCUGAUGCUGGUCCUAGUCAUGAUGCUGGUCCCGAUACUAGUUGUACACGGUGUCACGCAGUUGGUGGUCUUAUACAGCAGAGUUUAGAUUUGCAUAUGGGUGGUCCUGAAGAUGAGAUGCGUGUCUUAUUGGAGAGAGCUUUAUAUAUUUCUAGAGGAGGAGAUUAUCAGUAG